CUCCUUUCCAACGGCACAUUAGCUUUUAGCGGAUGUUUUCCAUUCGGUGGACUUCCGGGUAGCUUAGCUAGCUGUCGAAACAAACGGAUUAUUUACCCCCGACAAUGACAGCACAUGUAUAGAGAGCUCUGCUUAAAAUGGAGAGCAUACUUUUAUUUACCCUUCUGGCUCCUUGCUGGGUAAACGCUGCAAUUAAGCCAAUGACUGCUACCGAUGGGGACCACGAAGACCACCCCGAGUUUGAUUCUCUGAACUCAGUCCUGUCAGAUUAUGAGGUGCUGCCUUUGUCAGGCCUCCAGUUGCACUCUCUGAGGAAGAGGGACGUCCACACCCAGUCCCACCUUGAGCGUCUGGUGAGCUUCAGAGCCCUGCACAGACAUUUCAAACUUUACUUGACCACAAACACAGACCUUUUCACGGACAACUUCCAAGCUGUGUUUGUUGACAAACACGGGAUGAAGGAAAAUUAUGAUGUUCACCUCCAAAACUAUUUCACUGGCCAUGUUGUUGGGGAGGAGAAUUCGCGUGUGCAGGCACACAUAGACGGAGAUGAGUUUUCUGCUCACAUUCUGACUGAUGAAGCAGAGUACAAUGUAGAGCCCCUGUGGAGAUUUACCGAUUCCCCAACUGAUGGGAGGUUGCUGGUUUAUCGCUCAGAAGAUGUCAAGAAUCUGAGCCGCAUUGCUUCUCCAAAAGUGUGUGGCUACGUCAACGCUGAGCCCCUUUUGCCACAGAAUACCAGAGGGGACUGGGAAGGGCAGGAGAGGGUGGACCAGGAAGAGGAAUACCACCACAGAGAGAAGAGACAAGUUCACGAUCACAAGAAGAAUACCUGUCCCCUGUUGCUGGUUGCAGACUACCGCUUCUACAGACACAUGGGCCGCAAAGAAGAGAGCAUUACUCUGAACUACCUGAUUGAGCUAAUUGAUCGAGUUGACGAUAUUUAUAGAAACACAACAUGGAGUAAGGAAUUUAAAAACUAUGGGGUCCAGAUCCAUCAGAUCAUUAUUAACAAGGAGCCUACAAAGCCUCCCCCUAACCAGCCCAACUGGGUCCAUUACAACAUGGAGGACAGCCCUGUAAAAGGAAAGGAGGUCUGGGACGUGAAGAGACUUCUGGAGCAAUUCAGCUCGGACAUUGCUGACAAUGCCUCUAGUGUGUGUCUGGCCCACCUGUUUACAUACCAGGACUUUGAUGAGGGGACACUGGGUCUGGCGUAUGUGGCCCCCUCCAAACCUCAGGCUCUAGGUGGACUCUGCCCAAAACCUUACUAUCCAUCUCAUUCUUCAAAGAAGCCGAGUUAUCUCAACACAGGCCUGACAAGCACCAAGAACUACGGCAAAACCAUCCUCACAAAGGAGGCAGAUUUGGUAACUACUCAUGAGCUGGGCCAUAACUUUGGAGCAGAGCAUGAUCCUGAUAAUAUACCGUACUGUGCCCCCAGUGAUGACCAGGGGGGGAAGUUUGUCAUGUACCCUAUUGCUGUGAGUGGAGAUCAUGUCAACAACAAGCAUUUCUCCAACUGCAGCAAGGCUUCUGUAGAGAAGACAUUAAGUCACAAGGCACCGCUGUGCUUCAAAGAGAGGAACAGCAAAGUCUGUGGAAACUCCAGAGUGGAGAAUGGGGAAGAUUGCGACCCUGGGCUUCUCCACCUCAAUGAUGACCCCUGCUGCACCUCCAAUUGCAAGUUCAAAAGUCAUGCAAAGUGCAGUGACAGAAACAGCCCUUGCUGCAAGAACUGCACUUAUGCAAAGAGAGGAACAGUGUGCCAGGAGCCCAUCAAUGCUACCUGUAAAGGCAAAUCAGUCUGCACAGGUAACAGCAGUGAAUGCCCACCUCCUGAAAAUGCUGCUGACAAAACAGUGUGUGUUGACAAAGGCCUGUGUCGCAAUGGAGAGUGUGUGCCCUUCUGUGAGGCUGAGCUGAACCUUCAGCCUUGCGCUUGCAAUGAUACUGAGCACUCCUGUAAAGUGUGCUGCAGGAGUAAAAAUGGCACCUGCUCUCCCUACUCUAAUGGUGGCAACUUUCUAUUCCUUCGCAAAGGAAAACCCUGCACCGUGGGCUUCUGUGAUGAAGGCGGAAAGUGCAUGAAGCAGGUACAGGAUGUGAUUGAGAGGCUGUGGGACUUUAUUGACAAGCUGGACAUAAACACAUUUGGGAAGUUCUUGGCUGAUAACAUAGUGGGCUCAGUCGUGGUGUUUUCCCUCAUCUUCUGGAUUCCUCUCAGUAUCCUGGUUCACUGUGUGGACAAGCGACUCGACCAGCAGUAUGAGGAGAACACAAAGUCAUUUUAUUAUCCUCCAAAUCAGAUGGUGGAAAUUUGUAGUAGAGCUCCCGCCAUAGAAUCAAGACGUGCUGAGCAACCUCGAGUCAGCAUCCGUGCGCAUCGUCAAGCCUCUUCAGCCUCCCUCCUCCUCCGGCGGCCGGACCGUGCCCUUCAUCCAUCAACAACAGCCUCAGCCGCAGAGCCAGGUCCGGGCCACACUCGCAACCAACACCAGUACCCCGGCCCCCGAUCUGAACUCCGGCCCCACCCCGGACAGCGCAGGGGGGCUGCGGAUGGCCACCAUCCAGGAGGACACCAGCAGCGGCUCUCACCUGGGAGAGGAGGGCCUGCUGGAAGAUUUCACAACCGCAGGAGCCUGCUCGUCGGCUACGAAAUCCUCCUUCGAGGAUCUGACCGAACAGAACCUACCAGCCAAGGACCGACGGCGCCUUAAGAGGCAGGAACGCAUUGAUACUAAAGAGACGGAGUGCUGAGAGAGGAAAAACAAAAAACAAGUGUGUUUGCACAAGCGUCCUGAUAUUUGUUUUGUUUUUUUUAGGGAACACGAACAAAUGUGCAGCAUCAUAUGCUUUUCUUUCUUAUUGCAACCGGUAUUAAAGCGUAACAUAUCUUUCUCAGAUCUUAGUGCUCUAAAAGUGUUUAUUCAGUCACAUGAAAUUAGAUUGAGCCACUGAACAAAUACAACACAGGAAGUCUCAAAGCCCUCUAACACUAAAUCCAAAUAAGUUCAUGUUUUUGUGCCUUUUUCACUAAGGUAUCUAUUUCCAUGGCCAUUUGAAGCUUUUGAGUGUCUGUGGAAAUAAACCUGCCAGUUCUUUAAACAAUGUUCAUUUUGUUUAACCUAAUGGCUAAAUGUGUUUCUGACAAUGCAAAUAUUGGUCAGGAACAAAAAGAGAUUAUAUUAAAUAUUUAACUGUAAUCCCUGCAGAUUGAAAAUGAUUACACAAAUACUUAUUCGUAGGUUUAUUAUGUGUUAUAUGGUAAGUAACCGUAACAUUUCUUGCUCCAAACAGCGCCUAGAAGCAGAACAAACCUUAGCAGUACGAUGCAGAAUUCUCUAUAUUAAUGUUGUAAGUGUAACUAUUUUUCAGUGAAGGAAACAUUUACUGGAAGUGCAAACAACACAUAAAGGAGGAGUUGGUCUAGAAGUAUUUUAACAUCACUGGAGAAUUGAAGUUUACAUGCUUACACAUUCUGUCUCAUCAGCUGUUUCUUUGAGGUACUGUGUAAGUAGCAUUAUUGUGUUAUUUGGUAGGUGGAGCUUAAAGUGGGGAGAAGUAAUAUCAGCUUUGCUAAAGCUUCAGUAUUGUGAUGUUUGAACCUGUAGAAAACAAUAUGGUGCUUUUUUGGAUUUUGUGACCAACUAUCCCACGGUGACUCUCAUCUAUAUACAAUUCCCAGCAGCAGACAACUCCAACAUUCUGUAUUUAAUAUUUGAAUAUAUAUUUUUUAAUUUUCUGUCUGUGUGCCAAGGUGAGCUAUGCACCUGUUUAUUGUUACCUGCUGUGUCUCAUGUUAAGAAAACAUGUAUGGUCAAAAUAAAAACACUAGCUUUUAGUGUACAGGAUGGAUGUGAAUGUUAGUGAACAAAACAGGCCUGCUGUAUAUCAGAUGAUGUGUAUAUUCUUAAUGUUUUUAUGCUUACAAAGCUCUACUCAAGUUUCUUUUAAAGUUUUUGCUUGCAUUUCCUACACAAAUGUCAAAAUAAUAAAAAAUCUUUGUGCACUGAUA